AUGGGUGACCCGCAAUUCGCAAAGUACCCAAAUCUCCAGCUAGCACAGCACAUCUUCCAGCUCACGAAUCCCGCAUCUUCAAAAUCGACCAAACAAGCUUCCCUCAAAUCGGUUCAAGAUGCCAUCCAGGAGCACAAAAUGGCGCCGCUCUACCGGUACCUUGCGCAUCCGGCAGAGGGUGUAUUGAACACACCCGGCGAGGGCACCGCACAGCAGCCCACCAGCCACCGAAGACCGUCGUCGAGCGCCGCAACGAUGCUUGCCACCAAGAUCCCAACAUUAGAUGUUCCUCUGGCCUGGGACGAGCAGUUGUACGAGAGUCUGAAGGCCGAGAACGAGAAGGAGCUCGAGGCCAUACAGAAGGAGGAGGACGAGGCAGAGGAGAAAGCCGGCGAGACAGAGAUACAGGCCGCGCGGGGAAAGAGGGCAGAACUCUACAACCGCAUUGGGGACAAGGAGAAAGCUAUCUCGAGCUACGAGGUCAUCUUCGAGAAAACCGGCAUCCUAGGCACCAAGAUUGACCUCGUCCUCGCCAUAAUACGGAUUGGGCUCUUCUUUGGUGACAAGAUUCUCGUCAAGAAGACGAUUGAGCGGGCGAGCGGUCUGGUAGAGAGUGGCGGCGACUGGGAUCGCCGCAACCGUCUCAAGGCGUAUCAGGGUCUACACCUGCUCACGGUGCGCUCGUAUGCCCAAGCCGCUCCUCUUCUGCUCGACAGCUUGUCCACCUUCACCAGCUACGAGCUAUGCAGUUACUCAUCACUGGUCAUCUACGCGAUCCUGGCGGGCUCUGUGGCGCUCAAGCGGGUCGACUUCAAGUCAAAGGUCGUCGAUGCACCGGAGAUCAAGGCUAUCGUCGGUAGCUCGGAGGACAAGCUUUCGGCGAUAACCGGACAAACUUCAGCUGGACCUGCGGCAGGAGAUGAGGAGAUGGCCGAUGCUUCAGGGUCUACAGCAACGCCGGUGCCGACUGCUGUGAACCUGACAACGCUGGGUGUACAGCAAGACGAGGCGGUCUCGUUUGACUUCUCACCACUUGCGAAGCUGGUUAAGAGCCUGUACGAGGGUGACUACAAGAACUUCUUUGGAGCUCUGGCCGAAGUUGAGGUGAACUUCCUCAGCCAGGAUCGCUACCUCUACGAGCACAAGAGCUGGUAUGUGCGCGAGAUGCGGCUGCGAGGCUACCAACAGCUUCUGCAAUCGUACCGUGUCGUCGGACUCCAGAGCAUGGCCAAUGACUUCGGCGUCUCCGUCGGCUUCCUCGACAAGGACCUCGCCAAGUUCAUCGCUGCCGACCGGAUACCCUGCACCAUCGACCGCGUCAAGGGCAUCAUCGAGACGAACCGGCCGGACGACAAGAACAAGCAAUACGCGGAUGUGGUCAAGCAGGGCGACCAGUUGAUCACUAAGCUGCAGAAGUACGGCCAGGCGGUCAGGUUACGGGGAAGUGAGCGUGGGUGA